CCUGGGAUUUUCUCAAUUUUUUUCUUGUUCCCAGCUAAAGAUGAGAGCUUUUUAUGCAGUCCGAUCAUCAGUAAAGAUCUCACCUUUCCCAGUAGGGGCUUUCCCCAUUACAAGGACUCAACCCCAUUUUCCUCAGAAACUCUUCUUUUGCCAUGCAAAGUUUGCUGAUUCUGAGAUUGAUGGAUCUUUUACUUUAAGAUUGGUGCCUCCCAACCUCAUGGCGGCAGAGAAAGAAGAAGCUAAGGCUGUAUUAACCUUGUUUUUGAAGAAGCAAGGCUUGAGCAAUACAGUUGCUGCAAGAGUCAUCAACAAAUCAGACCUUUUCAUUGACCAUCUUGUCUCAAGGCUUCAUUCUGUUCAUAAAUCUCGGUAUCUCGUAGGACGAGAGCUCACUACUCUUGAGAUCAGGGAUGCUCUUAUUCCUUACCUUGAAUCUCUCCUUGAAGAGCAUGGAAACAUUCUGGUAGAUAUAGUGGAAAAUUUUCCAGAAUCACCUGUCAAAGAAAAAGGAGUAACUGAGGUGUUUCUGCCAGAUCCAGCCCUUGACUCCAGAAAGGUAAAAGCUGUAUCUCGUGUUAGUGAAACGAGCCCAACUGGAGAACUCCGUCCUCAAAUUCUCUACCUCAUGGAGCUUGGCAUGGAUCUUGAGAAGAUCAAGGUAAUUAUACGCAAAUUUCCAGCAUUUGCCUAUUACAGUUUGGAGGGAAAAAUCAAGCCUGUUGUUCAGUUCCUUCUCAAACUUGGUGUACCUAAAUCUGACAUCCCCACCAUUCUCAGAAAAAGGCCUCAACUGUGUGGAAUCAGUCUCUCUGAUAACAUUCUCCCAACCAUGACAUUCUUAGAAGAAUUGGGUGUGGACAAGAAACAAUGGGCCAAAGUUAUAUAUCGUACUCCAGCACUUCUCACUUAUAGCCGGCAGAAGCUUACUGCAGCAGUAGAUUUCCUAUAUGAGAUGGGUGUUCCAUCAGAGAAUGUAAGUAAGAUUCUAACUAGAUGCCCGAACAUCAUAAGUUAUAGUGUGGAGGAUAAACUAAGGCCUACAGCUGAGUACUUCCGUUCAUUGGGGGUUGAUGUUGGACUUCUUCUCUACCGAAGUCCACAUACUUUUGGUCUUAGUGUUGAGGCCAACCUUAAGCCUGUGACAGAAUUCUUUUUGGAAAAAGGUUACACUAUUGAGGAAGUGGCCACUAUGGUUUCAAGAUACGGACCAUUAUACACUUUUAGCUUGACAAAGAACUUGAUACCAAAGUGGGAUUUCUUUUUAACCAUGGAUUAUCCAAAAUCAGAGCUGGUUAAAUUCCCUCAGUAUUUUGGCUACAACUUGGAGGGGAGGAUUAAACCACGAUAUGCAAUUGUACAGGAGCAUGGGGUGAGAUUGCUGCUGAACCAGGUUCUAUCAUUGUCAAGCCAGAAUUUUGACAAGGCUUUAAAGAAGAAACUGAAGAAAAUGCUCUCUGAUGAUGUCUAAAUAAACUCUACAAUUUUACAUAGCAAAAUGUUCAUCAUGGUAAGCAGAUGACCUCCAAUCAUGCGUUUCUCUACGGAUAUCGUAACAGUUCAGGAAUUGUAAGUGAAUUUACAGCUACAUUUGCUGAACAUGCAUCCAUCCUUCUCAUAAUGGUGAUUCAAUUUUAAAUCCAAUCUUGCAAAGCAGACAUCUCAGGGUGAAAUGGUGUCUCUGGAGGAUGAAAAAAAGCCUCUACCAUGCUGUAGGUCCCUCUAGGUGCCAUUCUGCUGUCUAUUCCCCUAUGUAUGGUAGAAACGAACUUUCACUAACUCCUCUAUUGUUCCUAUAGCAAUUUCAUUUCAAUGUUAGAGUCUAAUUUCCACCAUUUUUCUUUAUUUGCUGCUGACUUUAGUUGUAAAAGUAUGUUAAAGAACCAGAAUCUGAAUAAAAAAGCAGCCACCUU